UUCCGGUCCGGGUUAACGCGGCUCAGGUACACUACGUGAAUGGUGUCGCGCUGAUACAGACUUCUGAAGGGAAGUCAGCGGGUGAGGAAGCGAGCACCAACGUCUGGACUCAGAAGUCUGGACCCAGUGGAAGGACCGGAGAAAAAGCCAGGAACCCGAAUACGAUCUAACCUCUGUUUCCGAGGGGGCAACUUCCACGGGAACUCCUCUACCCUAGUAACGGCCAAAGAGGAGAUGGCGCCAGUCUGGGAGCGGCCGUGGCCAACACAGUAAGGAAGUGUAAAGGCGGAGCAACCGGAGAAACCUCGAGAGAAGAGCCAGAGCUAUCGCUGCCGCCGCCGCCGCCACCACCACCACCAUGGAAGGGACAAAGCCGACAUUGCAGCUCGUAUACCAGGCAGUGCAGGCGCUUUACCACGACCCAGAUCCCAGCGGAAAAGAGCGCGCCUCGUUUUGGCUUGGGGAACUGCAGCGUUCGCCUCUUUGAAAUGUGCUGCUAGUGGGAGCUGCAGCUUCCUCCUGCUGACUCUGAGCCCCAGGCUUCGGUUGAGAUGGUCCUUUCAGAAAUGUGGAGCUUAGUCCAAGCCUGGAUUUCAGUGGGUAGCACCUGGCAUCUGUGGCUAGAAAGUCCUAUGAAGUGUUCAUGCAUGGGAGAUUUCAGACCAAUUGUUACAGAUUCGACAGGAUGUGGAAUCAUGCUAUUUUGCUGCACAGACCAUGAAAAUGAAGAUUCAGACCUCAUUUUAUGAGCUCCCCACAGACUCUCAUGCCUCUUUACGGGACUCAUUACUAACCCAUAUCCAGAACUUGAAAGACUUGUCGCCUGUCAUUGUAACGCAGCUGGCUUUAGCAAUAGCAGACCUUGCCCUACAGAUGCCUUCCUGGAAGGGUUGUGUGCAAACAUUGGUGGAAAAAUACAGCAACGAUGUAACUUCUCUGCCUUUUCUGCUGGAGAUCCUUACAGUGUUACCUGAAGAAGUACAUAGCCGUUCCUUACGUAUUGGAGCUAACCGGCGUACAGAAAUAAUAGAAGAUUUGGCCUUCUACUCUAGUACCGUGGUAUCUCUGUUGAUGACUUGUGUGGAAAAAGCAGGAACAGAUGAGAAAAUGCUUAUGAAAGUCUUUCGCUGUUUGGGAAGUUGGUUUAACUUAGGGGUUUUGGACAGUAACUUCAUGGCUAACAAUAAGUUACUAGCACUCCUUUUUGAGGUUUUGCAACAAGAUAAGACCUCGUCCAACCUACAUGAAGCUGCUUCAGACUGUGUGUGCUCAGCUCUCUAUGCCAUUGAGAAUGUGGAGACUAACCUGCCAUUAGCCAUGCAGCUUUUCCAGGGAGUCCUGACAUUGGAGACUGCCUAUCAUAUGGCUGUGGCACGUGAAGAUCUAGAUAAAGUUCUGAAUUACUGCCGUAUUUUCACUGAACUAUGUGAAACUUUUCUUGAAAAAAUUGUUUGUACUCCCGGCCAAGGUCUUGGGGACCUACGAACUCUGGAACUGCUUCUUAUCUGUGCAGGACAUCCUCAGUAUGAGGUAGUAGAAAUUUCCUUUAAUUUUUGGUACCGAUUAGGGGAGCAUUUAUAUAAAACUAAUGAUGAAGUUAUUCAUGGCAUCUUCAAAGCUUACAUUCAGAGGCUGCUUCAUGCCUUGGCUCGACACUGCCAGCUGGAACCAGACCAUGAGGGGGUUCCUGAGGAGACUGAUGACUUUGGGGAGUUUCGGAUGAGGGUAUCAGAUCUCGUGAAAGACUUGAUUUUCUUGAUUGGAUCUAUGGAGUGUUUUGCUCAGUUAUAUUCUACUCUGAAAGAAGGCAACCCACCCUGGGAGGUGACAGAAGCGGUUCUCUUUAUCAUGGCUGCUAUAGCAAAGAGUGUUGAUCCGGAGAACAAUCCAACACUUGUGGAAGUCCUAGAAGGAGUUGUCCGUCUCCCAGAAACUGUACAUACAGCUGUGCGAUACACCAGCAUUGAGUUGGUUGGAGAGAUGAGUGAAGUGGUUGAUCGAAAUCCUCAGUUCCUUGAUCCUGUGUUAGGCUAUUUGAUGAAAGGCCUGUGUGAAAAGCCUCUGGCUUCUGCUGCAGCCAAAGCCAUUCAUAACAUCUGCUCUGUCUGCCGAGACCACAUGGCUCAGCACUUUAAUGGACUCCUGGAGAUUGCCCGUUCCCUUGAUUCCUUCAUGCUGUCUCCAGAAGCUGCUGUGGGCUUGCUAAAAGGGACAGCACUUGUCCUAGCCAGAUUACCUUUGGAUAAGAUUACUCAGUGUCUUAGUGAACUAUGUUCUGUUCAGGUUAUGGCAUUGAAAAAGCUAUUGUCUCAGGAGCCCAGCAAUGGCAUAUCCUCAGAUCCCACUGUGUUCUUAGACCGCCUUGCAGUAAUAUUUAGACACACCAAUCCAAUUGUGGAAAAUGGACAGACUCAUCCGUGCCAAAAAGUCAUACAGGAAAUAUGGCCAGUUUUAUCUGAGACUCUAAACAAGCACCGGGCUGAUAAUCGGAUUGUAGAGCGUUGUUGCAGGUGCCUCCGCUUUGCUGUGCGCUGUGUAGGCAAAGGAUCCGCAGCCCUGCUGCAGCCACUAGUCACACAGAUGGUAAAUGUGUAUCAAGUACAUCAGCAUUCCUGUUUCCUGUACCUUGGCAGUAUCCUUGUGGAUGAGUAUGGCAUGGAAGAGGGCUGUCGACAGGGAUUACUAGACAUGCUCCAGGCCCUGUGCAUCCCCACCUUUCAGCUUCUAGAACAACAAAAUGGGCUCCAGAAUCACCCUGACACAGUGGAUGACCUGUUCAGGCUAGCCACCAGGUUUAUUCAGCGUAGCCCUGUUACCUUGCUGAGAAGCCAAGUGGUCAUCCCUAUCUUACAGUGGGCCAUUGCCUCUACAACCCUGGACCACCGGGAUGCCAAUUGUAGUGUCAUGCGGUUUCUACGAGACCUCAUCCAUACAGGGGUAGCCAAUGACCAUGAAGAAGACUUUGAAUUACGGAAAGAACUGAUUGGACAGGUGAUGAACCAGCUUGGACAGCAGCUUGUAAGCCAGCUGCUCCACACAUGCUGCUUUUGUCUCCCCCCCUAUACCCUACCAGAUGUGGCCGAAGUGCUGUGGGAGAUCAUGCAGGUUGACAGACCGACCUUUUGUCGAUGGUUAGAGAAUUCCUUGAAAGGUUUGCCAAAGGAGACAACCGUGGGAGCCGUCACAGUGACACACAAACAACUUACAGAUUUUCACAAACAAGUUACUAGUGCUGAGGAAUGUAAACAAGUUUGCUGGGCCUUGCGAGACUUCACUAGGUUGUUUCGAUAGCUCACACUCCUGCACUGUGCCUGUCACCCAGGAAUGUCUUUUUUAAUUAGAAGACAGGAAGAAAACAAAAACCAGACUGUGUCCCACAAUCAGAAACCUCCAUUGUGGCAGAGGGGCCUUCACCGCCACCAGGGCGUUCCGCCAGACAGGGAGAGACUCCAGCCUUCUGAGGCCAUCCUGAGGAGUUCCUGUUUCGGGGUGUGAGGGAAAAUCAGUGCGGUUUAGAAAAAGAUGGCUGUGGCCUGUCCGGCGUGGUGGGAGGGGAGCUGGUUUCCUGAUGAACAUGUUUCUAAAAGGAAAAAUAAUUUUAAGGAAAUAAAAGAGGAAAAAAAGGAAAACUAAACUGAAACCAGAAGUGAAACAUUCGCCUGGUAGCAAAUGACACUCACGCGGUGAACACACACUUACCUACACACAUGCUGACAUGCAUGUGCUCACACAGAAAAAUACAAGUACAAGCUUUCUGUGAAACAAAAAACACUCACUUAGGGAAAAUGGGAAUUCAAAUGAACUUAAGAGCUGCAAUUGGAAGAGAGUCAGGAUCAUCUCUUAUGGUUUUCCAUUGUUUUGUCCUCUUUCUCCCACUCUCCCCAACCAGUUUUUUCCCCACCUUUAGAGGUGUUUGGACAAGGAGGAGUAAGCAAGGAGCCUGUUCUGUUUAUGUCAUGAUCACAUAAACUACUAGGACCUGCCAGAGCCAAAAUUCAUAUAUAUCCCAAUCUUAUUCAGUCUCUAAAUCCACUUCCAAUCCACAUUGGGUUGUCAUCAGCCCUGGAAAGAAGAGCCAGAAUUGGGGUGAGUGGGAUAUAAAUGUAUAUUCUAAGUUUUAGUUUCCUUAGUUUUUUUUUUUUUAGUUAAUUUUUCACCCACAACAUGAGAGAGCAAAAAAAGUGUAGGAGUAUAGAAAAAAUGUUUACAGGGCUAACUGUAUUUUACUAAAAUAUGUGGAAAUCAUUUGACUUUACGGGGGUAGUUGGAUGAGGUGGGAGAGGGAAGCCCAAAGCAGACGGUAACAUUUUGAAGGAGUUGCAGCCCUACGCAGGCGUUAGAUAGAAAGGCACUGUUCAUCUGGUGGUGUAGCCAUCUCAAGAACAAAUCGACAGCGACAAAAAGAAAAGAAAAAAACAAUAAAUUUUAAAAAUUUAAUCAG